AUGUCGUCGACAGCGCAGAGCCAGCCCGGUGGUGUUCAGCCGGCAUCCUCACAGCACCCUUCUCCACCCCCGCCUCCGCCGCACCAGAACAAGCAUGACAAACAACACCAACAGCCACCUUCUCUCUCCAGAUCCUCGUAUUUCACAUUCCCAGUCACACAUGUUGUUUCUGGCCUCUAUCGCCGCCUCACCGAGCCUGCCCUUGACUCCCCUCCAAACGCACCAGCCCGCACUGCCACCGAACCCAUGAAUGCGAGCGACAUUAUAUUCACCCCACGCCGCAGAGCGUCCCCAUUCCAACCACCGCCGCUCACCCCAUUAUCCCUCAAGGUCUCAUCUGCGCCAUCCACGCAAUUGCUCACACGCGCAUUGGCAGAGGAAAUCAGGCUGCUUGUUCCGCCGAGGUUGCAGUUGGUGGACACGUGGGCGUUGGCAUAUAGCUUGGAUCGAGACGGGUCGAGUUUGUCAACUCUGUAUGAGAAAAGCAGGGAGUUCGCGGCAAGAAGCCAGCGGGCUGGAUAUGUGCUCGUGGUUAGGAGUGUCUCAUCGAGUCACAAUGCCUCUGCUGGGGACACGAAUGGCGGAGGGACUGCGGGGGGCAGCUCUUCGCUGUUUGGGGCAUACUUAACAGACCCGCCCCAUCCAGCUCCUCAUUAUUACGGGACUGGAGAAUGUUUCUUAUGGAGGGCGAGCACACUUGCAUCUACACCGUUGUUAAGUCUUGGUGGAAACGAGCAGCGGAGAAACCAGUCGGGGAAAUCCGAGGAGGCAAAAAUGCUGGAGGUCCCAGGUCUGCCUCUGCCGCCGAGUGCGGAUACGACACAUUUACGUGGUCGAAGCACAACGUUCAGAGGUGAGGAAUGGCUGAAGAGCCGCCCUUCAGCCCGUACCGAUGUAGGGAAGAGUGAAAUAGCAGCACUUACUUCUUCUCUUGGGAACGAUCCUGGAUCCGAACAGCUUCAAGAUUUACGCACCGUCACUAAUACAGGGAAUGCAUAUCUAGGAGACAGCACGAAGAGCGGUACGAGCACACCCGACCGAAUACGAUUCAAAGCGUUUCCUUAUAGUGGAAUAAAUGAUUAUAUGAUACUCUGCGAAACUGGGUUCUUGAGCGUUGGUGGAGGAGACGGUCACUACGGUCUCUGGCUAGACGAUUCAUUUGAGAAAGGGAUCAGCAGUCCUUGCUUGACCUUUGGGAAUGAACCUCUUUGUGAUGAAGGGACCAAAUUCGAUGUAAUGAACGUGGAGUUAUGGUAUAUUGGAAAUUAG